AUGGGUCGCAGGCUGACUGAAGGACAGAACAUGGACCAUUGUGUGGAGGAAGAGGAGCAGCGAGCGGAGACUCUUCAUCUGAAGACGGAGCAGUCCACACCUCCAGACUUCAGGACUGGACCUGGACCCUCAGACACAACAGGUCUGGACCUCGGACAGAGAGCAGAGUCUCCAGAAUCCGUCUGUCUGUCCAUGAAGAGCGACUUCUCCAAAGAAGAACCUCCAUACUUCAGUAAAGAACCGAAACCUUCGGACACACAAGGUCCGGACCUCAGACAGAGAGCAGAGUCUCCAGAAUCCAUCGGUCUGUCCAUGAAGAGCGACUUUUCCAAAGAAGAACCUCCAUACUUCAGUAAAGAACCGAAACCCUCAGACACACAAGGGAAGAAAAGGAAGGCUGUUCGUGAAGAGGAGCAGCUGUCCUGCUGUCUUUCAUGCCAGGAUGUCCUGAAGGGUCCAGUUUCUACGAGCUGUGGACACUUGUUCUGCAGAUGGUGCAUUGCCUCAUACUGGGAUCGGUCUGCACCAUCAGGACUCUCAUUCUGUCCCAAGUGUGUAAAAAGAUCCAGAACUGAAUCUGAACCCCAGACAGCCAGUCAGAGCAGCUCCAUUCCAUCAGAUGUUGCUUUGCAGGAAGUUUUAGAUGAACAUAAGGUCAGUCUGAGGAGAAGAUGUGAAUGUGUGACUGAAGAACUUGAUGAAACAGGAAGUAGAACCCUACUGAACAGGAUCUACACUGAGCUCUACAUCACAGACGGGCAGAAUGAGGAGGUUAAUACCCAACAUGAGGUGAGGCAGCUAGAGACAGCUUCUAAGAUAAAGAAAGUUCAUGACACUCCAAUCAGGUGCCAAGAUAUCUUUAAAGCCUUACCUGAGCAACAUGGAUUCAUCCGAGUGGUUCUGACCAAUGGUGUCGCUGGUGUUGGAAAAACCUUCUCGGUGCUGAAGUUCACUCUGGACUGGGCUGAAGGCUUGGAGAACCAAGAUGUGGGCAUGGUGGUUGUGCUUUCGUUUAGGGAGCUGAACUUAAUCAGAGAUGAGCAGCACAGUCUUCUCACGCUGCUCCAUGUUUUCCAUCCAACAUUACAGAAGCUCCCAGCAGAGAAGCUGUCUGUCUGUAAACUUCUAUUCAUCUUUGAUGGCCUGGAUGAAAGCAAACUCUACCUGGAUUUCUCCAACAGUCAGCUAAUUUCUGAUGUGACACAGAAGUCCUCGCUCAAUGUGCUGCUGACAAACCUCAUCAAGGGGAACCUGCUGCCCUUGGCUCUGGUCUGGAUCACUUCCAGACCUGCAGCAGCCAAUCAGAUUCCUUCUUCAUGUGUGGACAGGCUAACAGAAGUACGAGGCUUCACCGAUGCCCAGAAGGAGGAGUACUUCAGGAGGAGGUUCAGUGAUGAAGAGCUGUCUAGCAGAAUCAUCUCCCACAUCAAGACCUCCAGGAGCCUCCACAUCAUGUGUGGAAUCCCAGUCUACUGCUGGAUCACUGCUACAGUUCUGGACCACAUGUUGACUACAGAGCAGAGAGGAGAGCUGCCCAAGACCAUGACUGACAUGUACUCACAUUUCCUGCUGGUUCAGACAAACAGGAAGAAGAAGAAGUACCAUGAAGGACCUGAGACCAGUCCACAGGAGCUGACAGAGGCUGACAGGGACGUCCUUCUGAAGCUGGGGAGGCUGGCGUUUGAACAUCUGGAGGAAGGAAACAUCAUGUUCUACCAAGAAGACCUGGAUCAGUGUGGUCUGGAUGUCACAGAGGCCACGGUGUACUCAGGAGUUUGUACAGAGAUCUUCAGAAGAGAGUGUGUGAUCUUCCAGCAACCAGUCUAUUGCUUUGUUCAUCUGAGCAUUCAGGAGUUUCUGGCUGCCAUCUACAUGUUCCAUUGUUUCACCAACAGGAACAUGGAGGUGAUGAAGAGGUUUCUGGGAAAUGUUAUUUUCAAAGCUGGUCAACACUGGUCUCUUAAUGUUUUCUUGUACAGAGUUUUGGAAAAGUCCCUGAGAAGUAAAACAGGCCACCUAGACCUGUUUGUUCGCUUUCUUCAUGGCCUCUCUGUGGAGUCUAACCAAAAACUUUUAGGAAGCGUUCUGGGUCAGACAGAGAACCAUACAGAAACCAUCAAAAGAGUCAUCAAGAACCUGAAGAAGGUGAACAGUUUCGGUACUUCUCCAGACAGAUGCAUCAACAUCUUCCAUUGUCUGAUGGAGAUGAAUGACCUCUCAGUUCAUCAGGAGAUCCAAGAGUUUCUGAAGACAAAGAACACACCAGGAAAAGUCCUCUCUGAGAUCCAGUGCUCAGCUCUGGCCUACAUGCUACAGAUGUCAGAGGAGGUUCUGGAUAAGCUGGACCUGAAGAAGUACAGUACAUCAAAGGAGGGACAAUGGAGGCUGAUUCCAGCUGUGAGGAACUGUAGAAAGUUUCGACUUGGGGAUUGUGAUCUUUCAGAGAAUCACUGGGAAGUUUUAUCCUCAGCUAUGAAGUCCAAGUCCUCUCUUCUAACAGUCUUGGAUCUGAGUAACAACAUCAACCUUGAAAACUCUGGAGUGAAUCAUCUGUGUUCAGGACUAGAGAGCUCAAACUGCAGACUGGAGGUUCUGAGGUUGGAAAACUGCGAUUUGACAGAAAUCAGCUGUGUUUCUCUGGUCUCAGCCCUGAAGUCCAAUCCUUCCCAUCUGACAGAAUUGGACCUGAGUAACAACGAGGAUCUGGACAAUUCUGGAGUGAAGGAACUCUGUGAUUUUCUGGAGAGUCCACAUUGUGCACUGAAAACUCUGAGGUUGGAAAACUGUGAUUUGACAGAUAUCAGCUGUGUUUAUCUGGUCUCAGCCCUGAAUUCCAACCCUUCCUAUCUGACAGAACUAGACCUGAGUAACAACAAGGAUCUGGACAAUUCUGGAGUGAAGGAACUCUGUGGUUUUCUAGAGAGUCCACAUUGUGCACUGAAGACUCUGAGAUUAAGGAGCUGCAGUUUGUCAGAGAUCGGCUGCUCUUCAUUGGUCUCGGCUCUGAAGUCCAACCCCUCCCAUCUGACAGAACUGGACCUUAGUCAGAACUACCUGCAGGAACCAGAUGUUCAGCAGCUGCUGGCUCUUGUGGAGAGUCCAGACUACAAACUGGAGACUCUGAGGUGGAAAUCUGGCAUCGUAUCAAGCUUAGAAGGGUCUGAUUGGGAUUCUGCUGAGUCAUCUGAUAAUGAGUCAGAUGAUUGUGAUGAUCUAAUUGAUGAUGAGCAUGAUGAUCAUGAUGAUCUAACUGAUGAUGAUUAUUAUCAAGAUGAUCCAACCGAUGAUGAGUCUGAUGAUUAUAAUGAUCUAACUGAUGAUGAGCAUGAUGAUUGUGAGGAUCCAACUGAUGAGUAUGAUGACCUUGAUGAUCCAAGCAAUGAUGAGCCUGAUGAUCAUGAUGAUCCAACCGAUGAAGAUGAUGAAGAUGAUGAUGAAGUUGAUGAUGAUCCAACUGAUGAGUAUGAAGAUCAUGAUGAUCCAACCGAUUAUGAGCCUGAUGAUGAUGAUAAUCUAACCAAUGAAGAUGAUGAUGAAGAUGAUGAUGAAGAUUACGAUGAUGAUGGUCUCAUGUGA